CUCUGUUGCUGAAAUGCGCUACCAAGACAAGUUCCCAGAUGUGCACUGGAUCUGGAAAGGAGGUAUCUCCUAUGUGUUUGAGGUUCAUCCUCGUAUUGUGGUGAAGGUCCCAAAAUCAGGGGAAUUCGAGAGAGAGCAAUUUCAGAAAGAGCUCGACAUAUAUAAUAUACUCUCCCGUUCUCCUCCGUGUGCUUUCCUGGUACAAUGCUUCUACAAGGCGGAUAAGGGCAUAUUUCUCGAAUACAUGCGGGAUAUAUCCCUCCACUCCAGAAUGCAAGAUCACCAGAUUAGGGACGAUCGACAUGAGGUGGUUCUUAGUGUCAAGAAGCUAGAACCCCUUGCCCUUCGAAAGCAAUGGAUGCACGAUCUCACUCAGGCUGUUGCGUUCCUUGAAUCCCUCAAUCUCGCGCACGGAGAUCUUCGACCCGAGAAUAUCCUCCUUGACGGUGACCGAUUGAAGCUCUCUGACUUUGAUUGCACAGCAGAAAUUGGAGCACAAUUCGAAGCUUGCAUGCCUCCAUACGGGAGAAUCCUCAACAGCAGCGAGGCAGAAUACGGAAAUUGCGGAUCUUCCGGCUGUCUCGGCCCUCGAACAGAGCAAUUCGCUCUCGGUUCGAUAUACUAUUUGAUCAAUUACGGUUUCGAGGUCUAUGGGGAUCAGACGCUGACCGAGGACCAUCGAGAGCGUGGACCCAUGAUAGUCCAUCUACUGCAGCACAUGGAACUCCCAAAACUGACUGGCGACUCGUCCAUCGACUCCAUCAUCGACAAAUGUUGGCACAACAAAUAUCCUACGAUCGCAGAAUUGGCAACUGACACUGCUGCCCUUCUGCUGGGUUGCAAAUCGGCGGCAAUCACCCAGGAAAUGGCAAAUGGCCAACAGCAGUUUGACUCCAGCGGGAACAUGAGUGGCGGCGAUCUGACCAAAGAAUUCCUGACAAACAAGGCAUUCUGUGAGAGUUUGGAAAGGCAGGGGCUUCUCGACCUGCUUUCCGCCAACGAUCCCGAGAAACUGGGAUUUCGAUUUUCGUGGUACAGAUAUCAUUCCUAAGCGUGCAAUGGCAACCUCUGCAGUUUUACGAAAUGUGGAAAGUGAACGCUCCAGUUGUCCACUUGUCUAGAAUUACUAAAGCGAGGGAACAAGCGUACCUCCUAAGGUAGACACCAGUGUCGGCUGGCGCUGCUCACACAGAUGAGGUCUGCGACCCCACAAAACGGCAGAAUUCAGUGAAGCGUAAAAUAAUGAAACAGCGCAUUCCAAACGC